UGGGACUUUAAAAUAGAGCAAUCACCAGCCUAGCUGGGUGCUUUGACAAAGUCAUGAUCUCCCAUCCUGUGUCGGCCUCCAAUCUGGAUCGUUGGUUAUGGUUGCUUCUGCUGAUACUGCUACUGAGAAGUGUUUGUUCAGACCUUCCCUCCAGACAGGAUGAGAACCACUUUGACUGCAGGAGCAAUGAGUACUUUUCUGGGGACCGCUGCUGCAAACUCUGUAGUCCAGGUGAGUUUGUCCAGAAGUCCUGCACGGCCUCUCACACCCAAGGAAAAUGUGAGAAGUGUCACCCUGGGUCAUACACAGACGCUGCUAAUGGCCUCGACUCUUGUAGACCUUGCUCCAGCUGUGAUAAAAACCAGGAAAUGCUGGCCAACUGCUCUGCCACCAGUGACCGGCAAUGCCAGUGUCGAAUGGGUCAUUUCUAUGCUGAUCCUCAAUCCCCUGAACUCUGCCUCCCGUGUAGCAAGUGUCCCCAGGGAGUUCCUGUCCUCCGGGAAUGCAGCCCCACAGCGAACACGGUGUGCAGUUCGACUAGGACAGAUCAAAGAAAUCGGCUGUUCUCACUAACUGUUCUCCCAGUCUUGGCUGUUAUUGCUGUUUUCUGUUAUUGGCUGCGUAGGUGACAUCUGUAAGCAGCAACCUGGUGGUGUCUCUUCUUAGGAAUUUCCAAAGAAGACUGCAAAACACUCCUAAUCAAAACCAGCUAGUCCUGGACUGAUGUAAACUAGAUGCUUCUGACAGACCUUCCAACCAGCCUGAUCGCCUGACUCGAACCAGCACUUCCAGACUACUCCAAAGCAGACUACUUCCUAGCCCCAAGCAGUCCCACAGAACCAAGGCAGAAGUGAAACAGAUGUUUGCCAGCCUGCGCUCCUGUCCCUGGCCUUUGACCAGCAUUCCAGCCUUCCUGGGCCCUGACGAUGACACCCUGAUUUCCACUAAGAAGCAGUUACAGAAGAGAUUACAUCACCCCUUA